UUUAUUACCUGUGACCUGUCCAAACAAAUUCAAAAACCGCUAUUCGGUGAACACCAGAAAUCUCUAUUUCCUUAGUCUGGCUCUACGUCCUUUUCUAGAAGAAAAACAAGAGAAAGCUUUUUAGGAAAUUAUGGCAGCGAUCGAAGGAGGAGGGACAUUAUCAGAAGUCUAUCAAAGCGCGCGAAAGCUACUGCUUCGUGCAAGGGACGGGAUCGAGCGCUUAGAGAGGCUCGAGAGCUCCGUCUCCGCCGGCGGAGGACUCGACUCUCCCGAGCUCUCUUUCGCCGUCAAAAAGGAUAUAUCGCAGAUCCACUCCCUAUGCUCCGAUAUGGAUCGCCUCUGGCGUUCCAUCGCCGCCAAAUCACAACGCGAUCUUUGGAAAAGAAAAGUGGAACAAAUGGUGGAGGAGGCUGACUCUUUGAAAGAGAGUCUGGACAAAUAUUCUAUGAGGAAUCAGAGACGAAUGUUGGAAGCAAAGGAAAGAGCUGAAUUGCUUGGGAGAGCUAAUGGAGAGUCAGCUCAUGUCUUGAGAAUUUUUGAUGAGGAAGCACAAGCAAUGCAAUCAGUUCGAAACUCAUCAAGGAUGUUACAAGAAUCUUUUGCAACUGGAACAGCUAUCCUAUCCAAAUAUUCAGAACAAAGAGAACGCCUCAAGAGAGCACAACGAAAGGCUUUGGAUGUCCUUAACACAGUUGGCCUCUCCAACUCUGUCUUGAGGCUCAUUGAGAGGAGGAACCGUGUUGAUAGAUGGAUCAAAUAUGUGGGGAUGGUUUUGACAGUCAUCAUCUUGUAUUUCUUCUGGAAGUGGACCCGCUGAAACUCUUGUUCAAUUCACUUUUCCUCCUUACAUGGUACAAACACGUUUGUUUUCUCGAUCUCUUCUCAUGUUAAGAAAGCAAAUAGUACAAGUUUUGAUGUGAAGAGCUUUCAUAUAGAACGGAUGACAAAAAAUGGACUUUGCCGAUUCAAACUUGCACUGAACGGAAGUUGCUGGUUCUUAAAAUGCACUCAAAAGCCGAGAUAUGAAUAUGUGGAAAGAGUUGCAAGAAAAGAUGACCAGAAAUAUUACAGCUUGCCUACUAACGCUUUAUGGAUGCUUGAUAAUUGAUACGAGUCAGGAUUUUAGAUUGUAAGCUUUUAAUCAUUACUUGAGAAACAGUCAUAUGUUGGCUAAAAAUGCCAUUCACCCA